AAGAUAAUUCAUACGUCAAAAACAAAAAGAAUAAAAAGAAAAUAAUAGGAAAAAAAAAAAAAAAGGGUGAAAAUUUCAUGUUCCUACAACAACUACAAAGGAAAGCGGUUCUCUCCGGCUACAAAAUCCAAAAUCCCAACUGUUAAUGCUUAAUUUAAUUCAUUCAUUGUGUUCGCUUUGGUUUCUCCGUCAAUCCGUAAUUCUCUUUUUCUUAGUUGUCCUUCUCUAACUAACCGGCACAGCAAUAACUCUCAGGAGGGGAGGGGACUUAGAAAUAGAUUGAGUUGGGCAGAUUUAUUAAGAACGUGUUAUGGUGAUUGUAUAUGAGCGAGUAGAAGCCAUAUGAUGGCCACAGCUGCAGUUAUUGGGGUCAGUACUGGGAAGAGGCUGUUGAGUUCCUCCUCCUUUUAUUCUGAUAUCACAGACAAGUUCUCCUCCUAUGUUAACGAUCACAACCAAUUUGCUUCUGUAAAAAAUGUGAUCGUUUCAAGGAAAUCUUCCAACUACAGUCCCCCCAGUUUUCCAUUUUCAAAUCAGCAGGAACGGCAGUCAAUCAGGGUUCUGAAAGAACAUGUAGUAGAUACUGCAAUUGAUCCUUCAACUGCACAGCCAUGGUUUCAGGAAUCUAACGACUUGGAGGAGGAAGCCUCCCAUCUUGGAUAUUCUGUGGAGGCACUUCUUUUGCUGCAGAAGUCUAUGCUGGAAAAGCAAUGGAAUCUUUCUUUUGAGAGUAAAGUGUUAUCUGAUUUACCAAGGGGGGAAAAAAACAGUAACAAUGCGCCUGUCACUUGUUCUGGGGUGUCUGCUCGGCAGCGGAGGAUGACUGCUAAGAAGAAAACUUCCGGCAAAAGCACUUCUUUCGUGCAACCUACCAUCGCUAAGCAUUUGGGAGCAACUAUCAGCCCAGAGCUACUUCAGAAUCGUUUAAAGGGUUAUGUGAAGGGUGUAAUUAGUGAAGAGUUACUCACCCACGCUGAGGUUGUACGUCUCUCUAAGAAAAUUAAAAUUGGUCUUUCCUUAGAGCAGCAAAAAUCUAGACUGAAGGAGAGACUGGGAUGUGAACCCUCUGACGAACAACUUGCAGCUUCAUUGGGGAUUUCUCGUUCUGAGUUACAGUCCAAAUUGAUUGAGUCUUCUUUGGCGAGAGAGAAGUUGGCAAUGAGUAAUGUACGUCUAGUCAUGUCCAUUGCUCAGAGAUAUGAUAAUAUGGGUGCUGAAAUGGCUGACCUGGUUCAGGGUGGUUUAAUUGGACUAUUGCGAGGGAUUGAGAAAUUUGAUUCUUCAAAGGGAUUCAAAAUUUCUACUUAUGUUUAUUGGUGGAUACGUCAGGGUGUUUCAAGAGCACUAGUUGAAAAUUCAAGAACCCUGAGACUUCCUACUCAUUUGCAUGAGAGGCUAAGUUUAAUCCAAAAUGCAAAAGUUAGACUGGAAGAGAAGGGAAUUACUCCAUCAAUUGAUAGGAUAGCAGAAUGCUUGAACAUGUCCAAAAAGAAAGUUAGGAAUGCUACGGAGGCAAUCAGUAAAGUAUUCUCACUUGAUAGGGAGGCAUUCCCCUCUUUGAAUGGUCUUCCAGGAGAAACUCAUCAUAGUUACAUUCCAGAUAAUCGUCUGGAGAACAUACCGUGGCAUGGAGUAGAUGCAUGGGCAUUGAAGGAUGAAGUGAGCAAGCUCAUAGAUACGACACUGGGGGAACGAGAGAGAGAGAUCAUACGCCUCUACUAUGGUCUGGAUAAUGAAUGUCUUACUUGGGAGGAUAUUAGCAAGCGUAUAGGUUUGUCCAGAGAAAGAGUCAGGCAAGUUGGACUUGUUGCCCUGGAGAAACUAAAGCACACUGCUAGAAAGAAAAGAAUGGAGGCAUUGCUUGUCAAACAUUAAUUUGGUACGGUGUAUUACAACACAGAGACUGUAUAUAUACAGAAAGGAAACUGUAUCUUCCAUUUAUUCUCUGAUCUGAAUUAAUAUAGAGGAAUAUUCAAGGGUCCAUAACCCUAACUUUAUGUAACUAGUAAGAAACACCUACUAAAAGCUGAUACGUUGGAGCAAAAUUUUUACUAUUAAUAUUACACGUUUUUGAGAUAGAA